UGGUUUAUAAUAACCCAAAGUACUCAUAGGAGGCUUAGAUCCCUCUGAAAUAACAUGUCCUCACUUCUCUCCAGACAAUGAGACUGAUUGUCUGCAGAGGUUUAAGGUCCCAACUAGGUAGGGACAUCUGUCCCAGAGCUUAGAGCCACUAGCUAACAGUUCUGCCUGCCCGCCUCCAGGGUUACUAAACACUUGCUGAGCAUGACUACAUUUUAAUCAAAAGCAGUCUGCAGAGUGCUUUUAUACUUCUUAGUUAUUCAUUUGGAUGUUUGUUUUCCAAGACAGUUUCUCUGUGUAGCUCUGGCUGUCCUGGGACUUGCUCUGUAGACCAAGCCUGCCUUAAACUCAACAGAGAUCUGCCUGCCUCUUGUCUCCUGAGUGCUGGGAUUAAAGGCAUGUAGCUUUUAUUUUUUAAGGCAGAGUAUCAUCUUGGUUGACCUAUAAUUCACUCUGUAGCUUAGUUGACCUUGAACUCACGGUAGUCCUCUUGAGUGUUGGUAUAAAUGACCAUGCCCCAUGUGCCUUCAUAGGGAAGAAACUCAAGAUAGGUGGGUAGCUCCAUUAAGGCUACACAACUUGGUGGACUGGAUCAUUGUAUAGACCUGAACACAAAGCUCAGAAACUCAACCCGUCUUUUCACUGACUGGAUAGAAUAAGGCCUGGUCUCCCAAGUCGGGCACUCACUUUGUUAGGUCCCAGGUAGCACCGACUGCUCAAUGCUGAGUCAGGCAGUGGGUCCAGGAACUAUUGGCUGGGGUGUAAUUUUGCUAAGAGGUGUUUUGUUUUGUUAGUACUUGUGUGUUACACAGGGAAAGUGUAUCAAAACUGCCUUCUCAGAGCUGUUGAGGUACAGGGGAGUUUAGCAUCAUUACCUACCCUAUGUCUUCUCACCUGGUCUUAAUGAUAAAACUUAGUAAUUAGUGGCCAAUAGCAGUCAAAGUUUAGGGAUAGGAACAAGCUAUGUAGGUGGAAGUAAUGUGUUGAGCAGAAUUACUUAAAGCAAGAUCAGAAAUUUACUAUCCAGCCCACAGGGAGGAGUUCAGUCCGUUUCUCUUCAUCAUCCUGAACAUAAGCCUGCCUCAAUGUCAGAAACAGAAAAGAACCAUUAGGACCGGUGCCGCUCAGCAUCAGCCAUGAACCACAAGGUGCUGCUGAUAUUUCGUGCUCUCUUGUUGCUCUUUGCUCUGGCCUAUGUCUCGCUGACUAGGCAAGGCAGUUCCAACCAGUCUCCUCAAUACCCUUCCAUGCCUCCCAGAAUUCAUUCCUGGACACACCCUGGCCAGAGCCAGCCGUUUGCAGACCUGAGCCCUGAGGAGCUGACAGCUGUGAUGAGCUUUCUGAUCAAGCACCUGGGGCCAGGGCUGGUGGAUGCAGCCCAGGCUCGACCCUUGGACAACUGUGUCUUCUCAGUAGAGUUGCAGCUGCCUGCCAAGGCUGCAGCCCUGGCCCACCUGGACAGAGGGGGGCCCCCACCUGUGCGGGAAGCACUGGCCAUCAUCUUCUUUGGUGGACAACCCAAGCCCAAUGUGAGUGAGCUGGUGGUGGGGCUGCCUCACCCCUCGUACAUGCGGGAUGUGACUGUGGAGCGUCAUGGCGGCCCCCUGCCCUAUAACCGUCGUCCCAUGCUGAAAGCUGAGUUUGUUCAGAUAUGGAGGCAUUUGAAAGAGGUGGAGUUACCAAAGGUACCCACCUUUCUGGCUUUUGUCUUGAACUACAAUGGUUCCACCUUGGCACCUCUACAUUCUACUGCUAGAGGCUUCAAUUCCGUAGCAUCUCCGGUCUGGAGUGUCCUUCACCCCGUGGGGCUAGAGCUAUUGUUGGACCGUGGGGCCCUGGACCCUGGCCACCAGGUAGUCCAACAGGCCUUCUACACUGGGCAUUGCUAUGCAGACUUGGCCCAGUUGGAAUGGGAGUUUAAAGCUGGCCGCCUAGAAGCGAUUCAGGUCCCUCUACCCACACCAAAUGGGGCUUCCUCCCUGACUAGAGUCACUCCAGACCCUCCUCUUCCCCUUCAGUUCUCACUCCGGGGUCCCCAGUUCAACAUACAGGGAAGCUCAGUGAUAUCACCCUCUGGACGUUUUACCUUUGGUCAUGGGGUAUUUGGUGACUUAAGAAUUUUUGAUAUUCGGUUCAAGGGUGAGUGUGUGGCUUAUGUAGUCAGUGUCCAAGAGUGUCUGACAGUUUAUGGCGCCGAUUCCCCCAAAACAGUGACGAUCUGGCACUUGGACAGCAGCUAUGGGCUUGGUCAAAACAGCUGAGCCUAGGUUCGGGGGCCGGAGGGAGGAGGUGGAUUGCCCUCAUAAGCGACAACUGACAUCCAUGUACUGGUAGGUACAGGAUCAGUCCUGCUGCUCCCAGGGGCUGUGUGUGUAUUUGAGGAGGCCCAGAUACUCCUUUGAAGGCAUCACAAUGGGAUCGGGGGUCAUUUCUGUGGUGGUUUGGCCAGCUCAGACCUCCUGGUCAAGUUGGUGUCAUCAGUGGGCAAUGAUUACAUUUGGGACUUUAUGCUGCACCCAAGUGAUGGGGCACUUGAAACGCGUGUCCAUGCCACAGGCAAUAUCAACACAGCUUUCCUGAGUGGAGGAGCUAAAAGUCUCCUCUUUGGGAACUGUGUGGAAGGAAGAGUGCCGGGGGCAGUGCACGCACAUUCUUUCCACUUCAAACUGGACCUUGAUGUGGCAGGUUUGAAAAACUGGGUGGUUGCUGAAGAUACGGUCUUUAGGCCUGUUGGCCCCUGGAACCCAGGGCUUCAGCCACAGUGCCCUCAGCUGACCAGGCAGGUCUGGGGGAGCCCUCUUCCUCCAUAGCUUUACCUGGCUGCCAACUAGCCCAAUGCCUGGGGCCACAGCCCUCCUAGUGUGGAUGUACCGUUGGGGAGCAACACGGAGAGGGCUCUCAGCUGGGGGAGGUGGAAGCUUGUAGUAACCCAGAGGAAGGCAGAAUCACACAGCAGCAGCAUCCAGAAUGACAUGUGGAUCCACACUAUGGUCUUUGCUGACUUCAUCAACAAUGAAACCCUCUUAGGAGAGGGUUGGUGGGAUCUGGUGGCUUGGGUGACAGCCAGUUUCCUGCACAUUCCCCCAUGCCGGGGACAUACCAGCACAGUGACUGUGGGAAAAGUGGGCUUUUUGCUCCAACCCUACAAUUUCUUCAAUGAAGAUCCCUCUACUCCCCUGGCAGCAUGUACAUAGAGGAACCAGGACGCGGGGCUCGUUAGCAUCAACCUUGUGGCCUACACCCAACAGCUGCCGGACUGUGUUCCCAUCUUGCUCUCCUUUUCCUAUGAAGGCUUAUAGGCCUCAGGCUGUGGGGAGCCCCCAGGAUAGGAGGAUACAGCGCACACACUC